AUGACGCAUUGGAAGACCACGAGGGAACAGUCAGCAUUGUUGGCCGAACAAUCACAAACUUACGCUUUGCCGACUACAUACAAUGUAGAUAUCCUUGUCGGAAGCGAAACAAGAGAUAAACAACCUAGCUUAGCGAAUAGACAAACAUCCAAAGCCUUUGGCAUGCACGUCAGUGCAGAGAAAAACAAACUGAUGACCAACAACACCAAAGUAAUCAGCACUUACAUCAGGUUCAAAUACUUGGGAGCAAGUGUAACAAAUGCAGGAUUCAAGCCAGAAUUACUCGCCAGAGUCGCACACACGACAGCAGUGUACGCACAACUGAGGAACGUCUGGUGGGACAGAAACACAGCCUUCAUCUCAAAAAUCAGACUUAUAUGCGCCCUAGUUGUCCAUGCAGACGGCGGUCUGUACGUCACCAACGUCCAUAACAAAAACGCCGGUGUUUACGAAUGCAAGGCACAGACGUCGAUACACUCCAUCAGGCCGCCUCAGAUGCCGGCUGGCGUCUACAUUUACGACGCCCUCGUGACGUCACAGUCGGACACAGUCGUCUGGAGCGUGUCGUCUGGCAUUGAGAAUUGCGCCCCUAUCAUACGCUAUGAUGUAGAGGCACAAAGCAACUUCCGGCCUGGGGAAUGGAGGGUCGUAGUCGCGGACGUUUCCGAGUCGUCAACCAUACAGAAAGCCCAGGCAUUAAUGCGUCGCGAUGAUGAACGCGUUUCCUUGGUUACUGAACUCGUUCCCGAUACGCUCUACCACUUCCGGCGUCCGUUCAGCUGUUCUCUUCAGCCCCCGUUCUGGCCCCCAGGAAUGUCGGGGGAGGCGGCGUUAAAGUGGGGACCCAGCUGGUCACUUGGGAGCACAGAUGAUAUCGCCCUGUCGGAGGGUAGAUGGGUGGAGGAGGUAGGUGCACAGAACUUCUACCGCGAAUACUCGGUCAAGGUCGCCGCAUAUAACGACCUCGGUCACGGACCAAACUUGACCGAAAAGGUCAUAUAUUCAGCUGAAGACAUGCCCCUGGCGGUUCCCUUGAUGCAAGACGUGGAAACGGAGAACGCAACCUGCCUGAUCGUCCACUGGAUCCCACUUGAGGACACGAAAGAAGUAAUAAGGGGCCGAAUCAGGGGUUACAGGACGAACACCGCUCUGAUCCUGGGCCUCACUCCCAAUAAGAAAUACCUCGUACGGGUCAUGGUCAUUAACAGCGCCGGCGUCGGGCCUGUCGGCGAGUGGCGCGUCGGGAAGACGUACCAUAAACCGUUACAUGAUUACCCCACCAACAUCGUGGUUUACGAUCAUGACGAGACGAGUGUACUCGUCCGCUGGCGGAGAGUGCGAGUCUUCGCCUCGGAGGAGUCCAUUCUGGGCUAUAUUGUCCGCGUUCACAAAAUUCAAAAUGAUAUACGUUCGGCUAAGGACACCCGGGUAGACCAAGCAACCGAGGUCGUCAUUUCCGGUCUCCAGCCAAACACCGUCUACGUGCUGCGUGUGUAA